UUUUCGAUCGAGAGCAUGUUGGACAAAUUGUGUGUCCUACUUCUGGCGUUUUGUUCGAUUUCUCACUGUGCUCGAAUUUUGGUCAUCAUACCGACACCAUCGCACAGUCACCAUGUGGCAACUCAGCCGAUUUGGAAAGAGUUAUCCUUACGAGGUCACCAGGUAACGUCAUUGACAACCGUACCAAUUAACGACCCGAAACUUACCAACCUCACGGAGAUCGAUAUUAGCUUCUCGAACAGUGUUUUCCAUAAAAAAUUUAAAGAAAUUGUCUACUCAAAUGGUUUCCUAACGUAUAUCAAUACUUACAUCGCCCUGGCAAAAUCGUGCGACGUACAACUGGAACAUCCCUCAAUUCAGGCACUCAUUAAAAGCAAAAAUGAGUCGUUCGAUCUGGUGAUCACUGAGUCCACGCGACCGGCCUACUUCGCCUUUGCGCAAAAAUUCAACUGCCCCUCCAUUGGGAUCACCACUAUAGAUGCACCGCCAGUAAUUUACAGCGCUUUGGGAAAUCCGACCCAUCCACUACUUUAUCCCGAUGGCUGGGUGAGUUACGUGAACGAUCUCUCGCUUUUCCAGCGCAUCUUCAGCGUGGUUCACUAUGUAUUUAUUAUGAUUUGCGAUAAAAUGGUACUGAUGCCCAUGUACCAAGAGAUAGCAAAUCGGCAUUUCGGGAGCGAGUACCCGCCGCUCGAGCAGUUAAUAGCAAACAUGAGCUUACUACUGGUCACUUCCGAACCAGUGUUUCGUACUAUCAGACCAAGGACGCCAAACGUCAUACCGAUUGGAGGAAGCCUAAUUCGACUCCCAGCCAAACCUCUUCCAAAGGAUCUGAAAGAAGCAUUGGACAACGCCAAAGACGGUUUCAUUUAUUUUAGUUUGGGCUCCAACGUUAAAAGUCACUUUUUGGACGAUCGAGUACGUGACGAUAUAAUGGAGGCAUUUCGCGAACUCCCCUACCUGGUGGUGUGGAAGUUUGAUACCGACAGCUUACCAAACAAACCGAAGAACGUGAUGCUACACCCUUGGGUGCCUCAGAUGGCUGUCCUUAAUCAUCCCAACGUUAAGCUGUUCAUAACCCACGGUGGUUUUCAGUCGAUAACCGAAUCGAUUUACGCCAACGUACCGAUGGUGGGGAUACCAUUUUUCGCAGAUCAAGCCCGUAACGUCCAAGAAAUGGUCGGGAAAGGUUACGGGUUACACCUCGAUCAUCGACAACUCACAAAACGUCACUUAGCGCAAACCAUUUUAGAAGUUAUCAGUAAUAAAAGGUACCGCUCCAAACUCAAGGAGUUAGCCGAGUUAUCAAUGGAUCAACCAAUGACGGGACUGGAGCGAGCCGUUUGGUGGAUUGAAUACGUUUUGCGUCACAGGGGAGCGAAACACUUGCAAAGCCCUGCCACCUUCAUACCCUUCUACCAACAUUACUUUUUGGACGUCAUCGCUGUCUUAGGACUUAUAGUGUUCGGUGCAAUGUACGUUUUAUGCGGAUUGCGAAGAGCUGUAUUUUCGAAAAAACUUAAACUUAGUUAAAUCUCAUUUGUUGUCACCAGCAUUAUAAACUUCAUUAUUCAUU